CCCCGCUCGGCCCCAAGAUGAUGAAGCGGCAGCUACAUCGCAUGCGGCAGCUGGCCCAGACGGGCACCCUGGGGCGCACCCCGGAGACUGCGGAGUUCCUGGGUGAGGACCUCCUACAGGUGGAGCAGCGGCUGGAGCCAGCCAAGCGAGCCGCCCACAAUGUCCACAAGCGACUGCAGGCCUGUCUGCAGGGCCAGAGCGGGGCUGACAUGGACAAGCGGGUGAAGAAGCUGCCCCUCAUGGCUCUGUCUUCCACCAUGGCCGAGAGCUUCAAAGAGCUGGACCCAGACUCCAGCAUGGGGAAGGCCUUGGAGAUGAGCUGCGUCAUCCAGAACCAGCUGGCUUGCAUCGUGGCCGAGUUUGAGAUGACCCUGGAGCGGGAUGUCCUGCAGCCCCUCAACAGGCUGAGUGAGGAGGAGCUGCCUGCCAUCCUCAAGCACAAGAAGAGCCUGCAGAAGCUGGUGUCCGACUGGAACACCCUCAAGAGCAGGCUCAGCCAGGCAGCCAAGAACUCCGGCGGGGCUCAAGGUCUAGGUGGAGUGUCAGGCAGUUACAGCCACAUCAGCACAGGCAACAAGAUGGAGAUGCUGAAGGAGGAGGAGGAGGAGCUGAAGAGGAAGGUGGAGCAGUGCAAGGACGAGUACUUGGCUGACCUGUAUCACUUUGCCACCAAGGAGGACACCUACGCCAACUACUUCAUCCAGAUCCUAGAGAUCCAGGCCGAUUACCACCGCAAGUCUCUGAACUCCCUGGACACGGCGUUGGCCGAGCUGAGGGAGAACCACCGCCAAACGGACCCCUCCCCCUCGAUGACGGCCGCCCCCUUCUCCAGGGUGUAUGGGGUGUCGCUGGGGACCCACCUUCAGGAGCUGGGCCGGGACAUCGCCCUGCCCAUCGAGGCCUGCGUCAUGAUGCUGCUCUCUGAGGGCAUGAAGGAAGAGGGCCUCUUCCGCCUGGCCCCCGGGGCGUCCGUGCUGAAGAAGCUCAAGCAGACCAUGGCCUCGGACCCCAGCAGCCUGGAGGAAUUCUGCUCGGACCACCACGCCGUUGCAGGGGCCCUCAAGUCCUAUCUGCGGGAGCUUCCGGAGCCCCUGAUGACCUUUGCCCUCUAUGACAACUGGAUGAGGGCAGCCAGCCGCUCAGGGCCCACAGAGCUGUUGUACCCACAGCUCCCUAUCUAUAAGGCCCUGUCCAAAAACCACGACUCGCUGCCCUGGACUGGCCCAGUGUGGUCUCUGUCCCCCGCCCCGCCCCUGUCCAGGUACCUGAUGAAGUUCCUGGCCCGACUGGCUGAGUUGCAGGAGGUUAACAAGAUGAGCCCCAGCAACAUCGCCAUUGUCCUGGGGCCCAACCUUCUGUGGCCGCCAGAGAAAGAAGGGUUCUCGAGCCUCACUGCCCUCGACAAGGUCAGCAGCAGGCCGGCCUCGGAGGAGAUUCCACACACAGCCGGGCUGCCCCCGGCCCCCCCCCCGGGUGCCACCCCAGCCACUACCCCGGGUGCCACCCUGGCCACCACCCCAGCUGUUCAGCUUCCAGCCUCAGCCACUCCCAAGGAAAGCAGGAUGGAGUCUGAGGCACCCCCCAGACCAGCCUCCCCAAAGGUCAUCCGCAACACCCCCGAGGCAGCUGCCCCAGCAGAGGACGUGACUCGGAAGGUCAAGCGCCCAGCACCUGCCCGGCCCACCGCGCUGCCCCCCCAGGCCUCCAGCACCCGCUCCUCCCCUCCAGCCCCACCCCCGCCUCCUAGCUCUGGCAGCCCUGGGACCCCCCGGGCUCUGCCCCGCCGGGUGGUUGGCAACACCCUGCGGGCCCCCACAGUACCACCCCCGCUGCCCCCCGUGCCUCCCCAGCCUGCCCGGCGCCAGAACCGGCUUCCAUCGGCCUCCCUCGGCCAGGGUGGUCUGAGCAUUCCUGGGCAGGGGGACCUGGGGGUGGCCACAGAGGAGGGAGGGGGCCCUGAGGUGGUCGGCCAGGUUCCCAGCCCCCCAGCCGUCCCCCCUCAGCCCAGGCCCAGGAGCCUCGCCUCAGAGACCGAUUGAGCGGGCUCCCCGACCAGCCCCUGGGCCCCCUCCCUCCCCACCUUGCCCUCCCAGGAGAGACACAGCCCUUGCCACACCCACAAGUGCCUCAGCGCCCCCCCUGGGCCGGUCCCCAAGGCGAGGACGACUCAGGACAACCCCCCCCCACCUCCAGAUUUUUUCCCUCUUCCACCCCGGGCCUAGGGACACCCCCUCCAACUCCCCACUCGCUGGUAGGGUCGCAGGGGAGCGUCAGAAGGAAGAAGGAAAGAAAGGCUUGCCUGCUCCCGCGGGACGUUUAUUUUUCUCUUGCCGAUGUAUUUUUUAUGUAAGGCUGGUAAAUAAAUUAUUUUGGACAAAACUGGA